AUGGACGCCUUCAGCGCUGCCAAGGCCAAGAUGGGGGCGAAGAGCGGCGGCGAGGCGGCGGCGGCGGGAGUGGCCGCGCCUCAGCCCGCCGUGCCGGCCCCCAGCCCCGCCGGUCCCGGCUCGCCCGGCGCGCUCGAGCCCGCUGCCUACAAGCUGGAGGACCUGGAGACCCUGGCCACCGUGGGCACAGGUACCUUUGGACGUGUUCAUCUAGUGAAGGAAAAAAUGGGCAAGCGUUACUUUGCACUGAAAGUAAUGAGCAUUCCUGAUGUCAUUCGACUGAAGCAAGAGCAACAUGUGCACAAUGAAAAGUCUGUCUUGAAAGAAGUAAACCACCCUUUUUUGAUCAGAUUAUUUUGGACCAACCACGAUGAACGUUUUUUAUAUAUGCUCAUGGAAUAUGUGCCAGGAGGAGAACUUUUUAGUUACCUGCGCAACAUGGGACGUUUCAACAAUAGCACAGGACUGUUUUACUCGACGGAAAUUAUUUGUGCAAUAGAAUACCUGCACUCCAAAGAAAUAGUUUACAGAGACUUAAAACCUGAAAAUAUAUUACUAGACAAAGAAGGACAUAUCAAGCUUACUGACUUCGGAUUUGCAAAAAAACUGGUGGACAGAACGUGGACUCUCUGUGGCACUCCUGAGUACCUUGCACCAGAAGUCAUACAAAGUAAAGGCCAUGGAAGAGCUGUGGAUUGGUGGGCCCUAGGAAUUCUUAUAUUUGAGAUGUUGUCAGGGUUUCCUCCAUUUUUUGAUGACAAUCCAUUUGGUAUAUAUCAGAAGAUUCUUGCUGGCAAAAUAGAUUUCCCGAGGCAUUUGGAUUUAUAUGUAAAAGACCUUAUUAAGAAGCUACUUGUGGUUGACAGAACAAGACGACUAGGAAAUAUGAAGAAUGGAGCUGAUGAUGUGAAGAGACAUCGAUGGUUCAGGUCUAUAGACUGGGAUGCUGUACCUCAAAGGAGACUAAAGCCUCCCAUAGUGCCCAAAGUAUCCAAUGAUGGGGAUACUUCCAAUUUUGAAGCUUAUCCUGAAGAUGACUGGAACAAGACACCUCCGGUACCUCCUAAAGAUCUAGAAAUUUUCAAGAACUUCUGAGCGUAACAUCUACACUCAACAAGAAACUGGAAGGAAAUUGAAGUGCUAAGAGCAAGUCUGAAGAACAAUGGAGUUCAGAUAUAAAGGAAGAUUUUCUUUGUGGCUAAGAAUGAUACUGCAUUCAGAUAUGUGUAUUAGUAAAUGUCAAAAAAUAUGGAGGCAGGCAGGAAUAAUUUUUUGCU